AUGGGUCAAUUAAGGAAAGGACUGGACAUCAGGUUGAAAUAUGCGACAAGCCGCACCCGGUCGUGGCCAGCGUAGCACGAACAACCUGGGAGAACAAGGGGAGGUGGGGUGGACGGAGGAGGAAGAGGCUUACCAUUGUAGGACCCGGCAAGCAGAGGGUGUGUUCGACGGAGGGACAAGCAAGUACAUGUAUGUGUAUAGUAGUACAUCGGUCGACUGUGAAGAGGCGUCAAGAGCCGGGCACCGACCUUGCGCUCUGCGCUAUGCGCAUCCGGGAGGGUGUGCGAAGAGUGAAGGAAGGCCGGACGCUGGCCAGGGGAGCCAACGAUGUCCUCAGUUGCGGUAUGGAACCCACGUUGUCCCAAGGAUCAUUUGGGGGCUGUUGCUAACAAAAGAACCCCUGGGCCCGGCCACGAACAGCAAGCGGUUUCUGCUGGCGGGUGAAGUGGUGAUGAGCGGAGCAGAUGGCACUGACACGCUGCUCGAGUGUGUGCUAUUGCGCCGUGCUGAGGCACCGGGGCACGACACACCCCCACCGGUCGACACCGGUAAUCCGCAAUCGCCCGCGCCCAGGGCCGUGGCACUCGGCGAGAGGGACUGGCGAUGCGCAACAAAGCAAGGCUUCAGUGGCCGGUGAACGGUUGGUCUGACGGGGGAGGGCGUCGGUGGUCGUUUAGAGAACAAUGGGAUGGGGCACUAGACGCACUAGCUUAAGCACUAGCUCCCGCUGUGGAAUUGUAUGGAUCGGGGCCACGCACCGGGACCCGAGAAAAAGUGGAAAUGUGCAAAGGGUAGUGCGGCGCUGGUGGCGGCGGCCGGGAUGGUUGGUGGCGGCAAUAGUCUGGGCGGCCGACCGACGGGUGGGCA